AUGGCAAUCGACCAAGAUGUCGAAGAAUUGUUGAUUAUGGGAGACUCAGAUCUGAUUAUCCGACAAGCCCAAGGAGAAUGGGAAACCCGAGAUGUUAGUAUUAAUCCUUAUCGGCAACAUGUGGAAGAUCUUAGCAAGAGGUUCAAGUCAAUAAAGUUCAGGUACAGCCCUCGUUCUCACAAUGAACUAGCUGAUGCACUCGCCACUCUGGCCUCGAUGCUGCCCUACCCAGGCAACGCCCACAUUGAUCCCUUGGAAAUCCAAAUCAAGGAAAGGCAUGGUUACUGUAAUACGGUUGAGGCAGAACCAAACACCCAGCCAUGA